CAAAGAUCUAUAAUCGUUGAUUCAGACACUACUUUGAGCUAUACAUGGUUUUUCAAAGAAGGUAAAAACCCUAAUUUCAACUUUCUCUUGUCUGUUUGGCUGCGGCGAAAUUCGAGAAAAACAAUGAGAUAAUCUGGGUGGUUGAUUACUGGAGCUUGUAAAUUUAUUACGUUUUUAGUAUAAGUAUGGAAAGAGGGGAUAUGCUUAAAGUAUCUGGAGAGGAGAAUAAUAAAAUUCGUGAUUUUGAUGAUGAUAUUGUUGAGGCUGAUUCUGAACCUAAUAAUUCAGAUGAUAAAGAAGAUGAACCAAGGGUUGAGAGCAUGCAGCUGAAUGAAUGCAAUGCUGGAACUGAAGAGGGUCAGUUUAUAGAGGAUAGAGAACAAGACAAGGAUUUCCUUGAUGAUUCAUCUAUUUUGCAAGUAAAUGUUGAGCUGACUGCUGCUGUCGAGUUGGCUGAAAAAAUUGUUGAAUCAGGCUCUAUGGUGCAUGUUCAAAAUGGCCUCCUCAAUUCUCCUAAUGAAAAUCCCAUUCGCAAAUAUGUGAUGGAUGUUAGUUCUAUGUCCGGUGUUAAGAGAGCCCGGAUGACAUUUGAGGAAGAUCAACCUUCGGUGCAUGUAUCUUAUAAUUCCUUGACAAGAGCUAGUAAGCAGAAACUUGAGGAAUUAUUACAGCAGUGGUCAGAAUGGCAAGGCCAGCAUGGUUCAUCAUUAAAUGAUUCAAGUGGAAGUUUAGAAUCUGGUGAUGCAACAUAUUUUCCUGCUAUUCAUGUUGGCAAAAAGGAGGGCUCUGCAGUGUCUUUUUGGAUAGACAACGAAACAAGGAAUCAGCAGAAUGACGGAUUCAUUCCUUUGGUUAGCAACAAUGCUCCGCUGUAUGAUCGUGGAUAUGCAUUGGGUUUGACUUUAGCGGAUGAUUCAAAUAAUGUGGAGGGAGGCUUGAAGAUAAUAGAUGAUGCUAGCCGUUGUUUCAACUGUGGUUCUUAUAGUCAUUCUUUAAAGGAAUGCCCAAAACCUCGUGACAAUGCUGCUGUCAAUAAUGCUCGACAACAGCAGAAGUCUAGACGUAAUCAGAACUCUGCUUCUCGCAAUCCUACUCGAUAUUAUCAGAAAUCUUCUGGUGGAAAAUAUGAUGGCUUGAGGCCUGGUGCCCUUGAUGUGGAAACACGGCGACUUUUAGGUCUUGGGGAACUUGAUCCACCCCCCUGGCUUAAUAGAAUGAGAGAACUGGGGUACCCCCCAGGAUAUUUGGACCUGGAUGAGGAGGAUCAGCCAUCCGGAAUUACUAUUUUUGCCGAUGAGGAAAUAAAGGAAGAGCAAGAAGAUGGUGAAAUUCUCGAAGCAGACACUCUUGAACCACAAAAGAAAAUGACUGUCAAAUUUCCUGGAAUAAAUGCUCCAAUCCCAGAAAAUGCAGUUGAAAGACUCUGGGCAGCUGCUCCUUCAAAUUCUGAUCCACCUAGAGAACGAACUCACCACAGAGUGGGCCAUCAUACAGAAUCAUUUAGCAGAGGACAUCAUUCUGAUCAAAGGUGGUCAAGAGAUUACAGAGAUGAUGGCCCUCCUGGCUGUGACCCAGUGUCAAGUUACCCUUCGCGUUAUGGUGGUCAUGAUUUUGGGUAUCACUCUCACAGUAGAAGCCCCACCCUGGGGAGGACCCAUUCUGAGAGAGGUAUGAGGAGUCCAUUGGUAUAUGAUGAUUACAUGACUGAUGGUUCUUACAGACGAAAGUCACCAAGAGAACACCGUUUAGGUAGAUAUGAAAAUGAUCUUGAUAGAUACCGCGAUGACUAUGACCUGGGUCAUUCUUCUCGUAGCAUCGUUGAUUAUGACAGGUAUCGCCAUGAUGAUUAUGACAGGUAUCACCAUCGAAGUAGAUGAUAGAGUAGAUGAUUAUUGGACAUAAUUGCAGCAGUAACUUGUAAAAAGAUGCUUUUCCUGAUAGAUCUAUACAUGAGAUUAGAUUUAAAACAUAGAGGAGAACAACUCUCAUUUUGGUGUUGGAGAUCUAGUUUUCACAACCGUCUGCAUAAUUUCUCUAUAUAUUCAAUAUUUUCUUCAA